AUGGGUAAACAACUUGUGUACAUGACUACAUAUACACAUAUACCUCUCAGGGAUUCGCUGGCAUGUCAAGUCGAGAGUGUGCAGGUUGCAUCUUUCCCAAAGAACCCCGGCCGCCUUUCCCUACCAUGUCUGACGCCUGCAGACCCAAGAGCUUGUUCUCGACUAACCAUCAUAAAGCCCGUCGGUCCCUUGCCUUGCCGCAAUUGUGCCCCGUCUGCCACUCGCUCCUCCAUCGCCAUCGCCAUCGCCAUUGACAUUGCCAUUGCCGUUGCCAUAGCCAUACCCAUUGGCCUUUUUCCUUCUCACCUCCUCACCUCCCCCCCAAUUCCCCUUACCCGGCUAUCCUCACCAUCAUCCUCGUCCUUCUUGGCCGUCCUCCUCGCCCCGCCCGCUUCUACUUGCUCCUGCCUUGACUGCACUGCACUGCUGUUGCGCAACUCGUCUUCGGCCACGGCUCUGCGCCCCCUGCCUGCCCACGAGGCCCCCUCGUCAAGCAAGGCGGCUCCAAUGUUGACGAUGGCAUCGAAUGGACCGCUAACUGGCAGCCCACCCAGUCUGCCCGUGCCCGCUCAGAACAGCAAUUAUUUGGAGAAUGGCCGCUGGUAUCAUGGUUUCCGGCGAGGCAUCUACAUGUACCCAUGCGACGAGGUAGGCAACACGCCAUCUACUACUACUUCUCACCACUACUACCACUAUCACACUACCACUGCCACUGCUACUUACCACACUACCACUAUCACUGCCUCACUACCACUGCCACUGCUACUUACCACACUACCACUAUCACUGCCUCACUACCACUACCCCCCACUACCUCACUACCACUACCAUCACCACCAAUAUCAAGACAAUCCCAAGAAGAUUACCACUACCACAAUCACAAUCAUCGCUACUACCGCUAGUACCAUGGCUAGCUACCACCACUAUCAAUUCCUCCUACUCCACCCCACAUCACUACCCAUAUCCUCCUCCUCCUCCCCCUCCACCAACCCCCCGUUAUGCCUAGGCAACCGCCUGCUGCACGCGCGACUGCGACUGACGCGACACACAGCCCGAAAAGGACCGCAUGGACAUUUAUCACAAACUGUUUGCCGUCGCACGGAGAGACCAGCUGCACCAAGCGCCCAUGCCGCACACCUCGCAGCCCCGCAUCCUCGACGUGGGCUGUGGGACGGGCAUCUGGGCAAUCGACAUGGCCGACAAAUACCUGAACGCCGAGGUGCGCUUCUCCUGCCCAUGAGUGCGCCGCCCUCGCCGCCCGCUGACGUGAAGCUGCAGGUUCUAGGUUUGGACUUGGUCAACAUUCAGCCCGAAAAAAUCCCACCGAACCUGCGGUUCCGUGUACCACGCGACUACGAGAGCCCUUGGUUGCUGGGCGAAGAUUCCUGGGACUUGAUCCACCUGCGCAUGGCCUGUGGCAGCGUAACGAGCUGGCCGGAGCUGUACCAGAAAAUAUUCGCGCACCUGAAGCCCGGCACGGGCUACGUGGAACAUGUCGAAAUCGAUAUGGAGCCGCGUUGCGACGACGGCUCGCUCCCGGACGACAGCAUGCUGAAGCGGUGGUACGAGUGGCUAGCAGACGCCACGCACCGCGUCGCGCGCCCAAUCGCAUACGAGCAUCGCACCCGCCAGUUGCUGCAGCAGGCCGGCUUCAUCGACAUACAGGAGACGGUCAUUCGCGUUCCCUACAAUUCGUGGCCCAAUGACCCGCAUCAAAAGGACAUUGGCCGGUGGUACAACCUGGGCAUAACCGAAGGCCUAGAGGCGCUAACUUUCGCCCCUCUCACCAGAGUCUACCAGUGGGACCUCAACACCGUAGUCCGACCAAUACUCGACUCGGUGCGCAGAGAAAUAUGCAACCGCAAGUUUCAUGCCUAUAACAAUAUCCACAUCUGGACGGCUCGACGACCACAGCAAUAG